AUGAAGAGAUCUCAUGCACCAUCAGCACAAUAUGAACAUAAAAAAAUAAGAUUAGAUUUACCAGAAGUAAUAGAGAUCAAUGUGGAGGAGGAAAAGGGUAAAAAAGGAAGAAAGAAAGCACCGAUGCCAGUAGUCAAUCACUUAUUAAAAUAUCAAAUAAAGAAAGAAACCACAUCAAACGAAUCUAGCAGCACCUCAAAUGAAAGUAGUGGUGAGGUUAUUAUCAAAGAAGAAACUAAAAAGGGCAAGAAUUCUAGAAUGAACCCUGAUUCAGAUCCAUUAUACUUUUUAAUUAAAUAUAAAAAUACACAAAAAACAGAAGAAGAUGACGGUUUAGGUAUAUUACAGGUUUCAUAUGAUUCAGCUGUUAUUCAGAGUAUGGAGGGUAGACAGAUUGGUAGAACUGGGUUAACUAGAUCAAACGAAGAUGAUGACGAAAAAAGAGAAUUUCAAAAAGUAUUUAUUAAAAAAAAAGAAGUUUAUUUUCAAGAGGAUUUUGGCAUGAAUAUUGGUAAUAAAUGGAUUAAAAUUAUUUUAUCAGUUAGCGAGGAAGAGUACAAGAAUGGUUCAAUUUUCUUAAAGACCGACAGCAUCAUUCAAAAGAAAAAGGAAGAGAAAAAAGAGAAAAAGAAAUUAAUGUUGGCAGCAGCAAGACGUCCCAAAGGGUUUCAGGUACCAGUAAAGGGCAUGGAAAAAGCAGCACGUUUAACCAAACCAUUACACAACCCAUUGGCACCAAAUUCAUUAGUAUUAUAUACCCCAGUCGAUAUGACUGGUGAAAAUAGAAUCCAUGUUGUCGUAGAUCCAAUUCUUUCAGCUAAAUUAAGACCUCAUCAAAGAGAGGGUGUAAAAUUUGUUUUCGAUUGCCUAUUAGGCUUUAGGGGUGGCUUUAAAGGAAAUGGUUGCAUUUUAGCAGAUGAUAUGGGUUUAGGUAAAUCAAUUCAAGCCAUUACAAUCUUGUGGACUCUAUUAAAACAAGGGCCAAAAGGUGAGCCCACUGCUAAAAAGGCUGUUAUUGUCGCACCAUGUAGUUUGGUCGGCAAUUGGUGUAAAGAACUUAAGAAAUGGUUGGGUGAUGGUAUAAAUACAGUUGCUAUUGGUGAAAGUACAAAAACCGGAAGAGCCAAACUUUCUGAACUUGAGUUUGGACCUGCAGAUGUUUUGAUAAUCUCCUAUGAUCAACUUCGUAUCUAUUGUGAAGAUGUUUGCAAGAUUUCAUCAAUCGGUUUGGUAAUCUGUGAUGAAGGUCAUCGUUUAAAGAAUGCCGAGAUCAAAACCACUAAAGCUGUAUCAAUGAUUCCAACACCUCGUAGAGUUAUUCUUUCUGGUACCCCAAUCCAAAAUGAUUUAACAGAAUUUUAUGCCAUGGUUAAUUUUGUUAACCCAGGUCUCCUUAAAAAUGUAGCAACUUUCAAAAAUGUAUAUGAUGCACCAAUUGUUGCAUCUAGAAGCCCCGAGGCAACCGAGGAAGAAAGGAAAAUUGGUCGUGAAAGAUCUGCUGAGUUAAGUAGAUUAACUGGCCAAUUUAUUCUCCGUCGUACUGCCAUUGUAAAUACCCAAUACCUCCCACCAAAGGUUGAAUAUGUAGUAUUUUGUAAACUUACCGACCUUCAAAAAUCAAUUUACCGUCAUUUAAUUAAAGAAGCCAAAGAUUCAUGUUUUGCCUCUGCCUCUGGUGCUUUACCAUUAAUUACAACUUUAAAAAAACUAUCAAACUGUGCAGAGCUUGUAUACUUACCAGAUAAAGAAGCCCCAACCGAAGUCGAUAAAUCUGUACUUUCACUAUUUCCAAAAGAAUGGAACCCAAAGGUAUUCCAACCACAAUACUCUAGCAAGCUACUCUUUGUUGACCGUCUCUUAACCAAAAUUAGAGAUUCUAAAUCUGGCGAUAAGGUUGUUAUCAUUUCAAAUUAUACCCAAACUUUGGAAGUUUUGGCAAUUAUGUGUAAAACUCGUGGAUAUGCAUACUUUCAAUUAGAUGGUUCAACACCAAAUGCCAAGCGUCAGCAAUUAGUCGAUCUCUAUAACGAUCCCAAAAGACCAGAGUUUGCUUUUCUUUUAAGUAGUAAAGCAGGUGGUGUUGGUUUAAAUCUUAUUGGUGGAAAUCAUUUAGUACUAUUCGAUGCUGAUUGGAAUCCUGCCAAUGAUGCUCAGUCUAUGGCUCGUGUUUGGAGAGAAGGUCAAAAGAAAGUAGUUUCAAUUUAUCGUACUUUUACAACUGGCACAAUCGAAGAAAAAAUUUUCCAACGUCAAUUAACCAAACAAGCCCUUUCAACCAGUAUCACUGAAGGUGAUUCUGAAAAUUCACCAGCUUUUGACACCAAAGACCUUAAAGAUAUUUUUAACUAUAGAGAAGAUACAAUCUGUGAUACUCAUGACAUGCUCAGUUGUAAAUGUGCUCCAUCAGCUCGUAUUCCAAAACAUAAAAGAGACACACUUUCCAUUAACGAAUUAAAUUCAUGGCAACAUGUAUUCGAAAUGGAUAAAUUAAAAGACCCCAAAGUAGCUGCUGCUUGUCAAGAUAUUGUCUCAUUUGUUUUUGUAAAUGAUAAAGGCCCUGCUGAUAAAAAUAAAAAGUCCAAUGAAAAUGUAAAUAAACAAUUAACCACCACCACAACCACAACAGCAACCACUCCAACAAACUCACCACCCCAAUCAAGCUCAUCGUCAAAAUCCUCAUCCAAUAAACAAACCAAAAAGAAAUAUGAAAGCGAUAGCAGCGACGAUGAUGGCUAUAAUAGCGAAGACUUUUCAUCUGAUGAAUCUUAUCAAUCUGAUGACGAUUAAAAUAAAUAAUAAUAAUAAUAAUAAUUUGUAAAUAAAUAAUAAAACAAUAUAGCAACAAAUAGGUAAAAUAUAAUAAUUUUUAAAUAAUAUUAUAGGAUUUGUUAAUUAAUUUUAAUAUACCCAAAUUAAAAAAUUAUUAAAAAAAAAAAUAAAAACUUUUUUUAUAAAAAACAAAAUUAUUUUCUU